UUAUAGUAAUAUUUUUACCUCUUCUCUCUUUUUCACUAUAUCUUAAUACAAUUCACUCGUAAAAUUAACAUGGGAAUCGAUUACUAUGAAAUACUAGAUAUUACCAGGAGUGCAACGGAUGCUGAGAUAAAGAAAAGUUAUCGGAAACUGGCUCUGUUGUACCAUCCUGACAAAAAUGAUCAAUGUCUGAAGGCUACAGAGAUGUUUAUGCAAAUCGCAGAGGCUUAUGAAGUCCUUAGUAAUCAGCAGCACAAAGCUAUAUAUGACCAGUUUGGUGAAGAAGGGCUGAAAAAUGGCAUUCCUACUAAAGGAAACGAACCAGAACCCUGGACUAAAGGCUAUGUAUUUCAUGGUAAUGCAAAAAGGGUUUUCAGAGAAUUCUUUGGCAUGGAUAACCCAUUUCAAGAAUUCUUUGAUAGAGUUGAUGGUGAUUUGAGCUUGAGUUUUGGUGGCUUACAUGGCCGAAGUCAAAAGAAAAAAGAUCCCCCAAUUGAGCGAGACUUAGUUUUAACCCUCGAAGAAGUUUACCACGGAUGUCUAAAAAAGAUGAGAAUAUCCCGCCGUGUUAUGAAUGAUGAUGGACAUACAUCAAGCAUCAGAGACAAGAUUCUUAACAUUACUGUAAGGAAAGGAUGGCUGACAGAUACUACUAUCGUCUUUCCGAAUGAGAGUGAUCAAGGACCCAAUACAAUUCCUGCUGAUAUUAUCUUCACUUUGAAAGACCAUCCACAUGAACGGUUUCACAGAAAAGGUCAUGAUUUAUACCAUACAGCUACCGUGACCUUGGAGAAGGCCUUGACGGGAUGUAUAGUUGAUAUUUCUACUCUGGAUGAUCGAAUUCUACAUAUUCCUAUUACCGAUGUAGUAAAACCUGGUUACUCAAAAGUAGUGCCAGGAGAAGGAAUGCCACAUGCUGACAAUCCCGAUAAAUUUGGCAAUCUUAUAAUAAAUUUUGAAAUAGAAUUUCCCAGAACGUUGUCACCAGAUAGAAGAACCAUGGUGAAAAAUUGCCACUUGUCGAUAUCCAGUUGAUACCACAAUGAUACCUAGUUUUAAUAUAACUGGAAACAUUAGAGGAUUUAGCCACAAGCAUGAACAAUGGAAAUUUUCCUCAAACUCUGAAAUAAACAUGCGAAAAGUGCUUCAAGAUAUAUUCAGAAGUAAGUAAUUUGUAAAAAAAUUCAAAUGUGAAGCUUGUUUUUGUGGCGUAACUUUUAAAUAAAGAAUUUAUCAUCAUCAA